AUGAAAGAAACUAUGACAAGUGAUGAACUGAAACGAUUGGAAACUGCUUGGAAUGGUCGAGAAUCCAUCAAUGAGGAUGAAUUUUUCACAGAAGUUCUGUGUCAUCAUUCAAUUCCACCCUUCAUUCGUACACUUAUUUAUUCAAAAUUUUGUCAGGGUAAAAGUCGUAUAUCAUUUCAGUCAUUUGUUAUUGGUAUUGUCAUUCUUACAAAGGCUAGUACGGAUAUUAGAUUAGAAUUUUUGAAGAAUGAACCAGGAAUUGAAGAUUGGAUUGAUAAUCCUCCCGAACUAACUUCACAUCUUUUCGAAAUCCAUUAUAAUUUUUAUCAGGUUUUGGCUGGUGUAACUCACCUCGAUGAACGUGAAGUAGAGGAAUUAGAAAAAGUGUUUGGUUCGAUUACAGACACUAAAUUAUGUAAAUUAACUCGCAAUGGUUUCAAUUCAUUGGUUUCUGGUGCAAUUGAAAAUUAUUUUAUUGAUAGCCUUUUCCGUGCCUUCGAUGGUAAUGGCGAUAAUUUAAUCGAUUUCAAAGAACUUGUCUGUGGUCUUUCUGCUUCAUGCCGAGGGCCUCACAUGGCUCAGUUAAAUUUUGUUGCCCAAAUGUUUGAUUCAGAUAGCGAUGGAUAUUUGACGUCGCAAGAUAUUGACCUCCUCUAUGAUCAACUUUUCAUUGUUACGAAACUGCACGCACAAUACACAUCGAUAAGGAUGGUCGAGCUUUACUGGCGGAUUUUGUUUGUUGGGCCAACGAUAUUUCAAGCAUUGAGAAUCUGCUUAAUAAACCGAAUCGAAUUGGAUUCAUUUACUGAAUGGAACAUAAUUUCGUCGGAAUGGUGGAAAAAGUGGCAGUUCUGUCUCAAAUCCGAUACAGUUGUACCACCCAUAACCAAUUCUACUAUAAUUGCUUCAAAAUUGAAGAAUGAUUGGUCUGCAAAGGUGCCAUCUUUGUCGAAAGAAGGUGCUCCACUCAUUAUAGGUCUUACUGAAGGAAAGGAUUAUGAAAAAUUACCUCCUUGUCUAUGGCGAGCGCUUUUGCGUUGGCAUGGGAGCGCCGUACAUGAAGGAAUAUCAUUGCCUCGUCGAGUAAUUCCACUACUUUAUGUGGAACCUUUUUCAUCCACCCCAAAUAAAUCUGUAAUUGAGCUUUACCCUCCAUCUUUACUUAUUUUACGCCAUGGUACUGCAUCUGGUGGAUGGCUUCAAUCUGCGCUUGAUUCAUCGCUCCGUCAGUUGCCUUGGUGUUUAGUAUCAUUAUCUAGAGUGUCAACUGUAGCUGAAUUACUUGAUCUUUUAAUACAACAACUGCGUAUUAGUGAUAGUGAUUCUGUGCGCCUUUGGCUGAUGGAAAUUGAUGGUAAAAUUACGCGAAAAUUACUUCAGAACGAUGCGCUUACGUUAUUUGAUCUCAAUAUUGUAAAUACUGCACAGGUUCUUUUAGAAUUACGAAAUACUGAUAUGAGUUGGCCAGAAGAAGUUUGUCGUUUGGAAUUAUCUAAUGGAGACGUGGAUAUAAAUGAUAAUGAAGAAUUAAAAUAUAAAAAAGGAGUAACCGGCUUGUACAACAUGGGCAACACUUGUUAUAUGAACAGUGGUUUACAGUGCUUGAGUAACACUAGGCCCUUAACUGAAUAUUUUCUCAAUGGAAUGCAUAAAGAUGUUUUAAAAAAGCUAAAUAAAAGUGAUAAAGGAAGCUUGGCCCUUGAAUAUGGCGAAAUCAUUGAAGAAUUGUGGUCGGGUAAGAAGAGGAAUAUUGCUCCAAUUAAAUUAAGACGAGCGAUCUAUGCCAAGUCGUCUGGUAUAUUCACUGAGCGAUGUCAACAUGAUUGUCAGGAGUUUAUUGCGAUACUACUCGAUCUUUUGCAUGAGGAUUUAAAUGCUGUUCAGUCAAAACCUUACGUCGUAGUUAAAGAUAGUGAUGGGCGUCCUGAUUCAGUUGUUGCUAAUGAAGCAUGGGAGGCAUAUUUGGCGAGAGAGAAAAGCAUUAUUUCUCAUUUAUUUUCCGGUCAGUUACGAUCUUCUUUGACUUGUCAAAUCUGCAAAACUGUAUCAAGCAGGUUUGAUGCAUUUACGUGCCUGCAACUGCCGAUUCCAAUAGAAAAUUUAUUGCUUAUUCCCGUUGUUGUGGUGAAGCGUGAUGGAUGUAUUCCAAAAAGGUAUGGGUAUCGUUUGAAUUCUGAAUCAAAAAUCAGCGAUUUAAAGCAAGAAUUGGCAAAAAGUUCAUCAUUACCUGCAGAUUCUUUGAAUAUACUAUGUCUGAACCGUACAGGACAACUUAUAAAAAAUGUCAGCGAUGCUAUUGAAGCGAACGAAAAUUUGCUUAGUGUCUACCCAUCCGAUUCUCUUCUUUAUGCUUUUGAAUUACCUCGUUCGGAAAACAGUCAGGUCGAAAAAAUAUCUACGGUUAUUGCUGCUCAUCGUAAAAUGCAGUAUAAUGAAUCGUAUUUGCUUGGUGCAUCACGAGGCUGCACGAUUCAGUUAUUUGGUGUUCCAAUCGUACUGCCAUUUUCAUUUGAUAAAACUACAGGGAAUGAACUUUAUGAAGGAGUUUGGCUACAGGUUUCACGGCUUUUGAUUGAUGGGUCAUCAGAACACAUAAAUAGAACGAGAGGAAUAAAUCGAGCCAUUGAUGCCGGAGAGGAUAUUCGUAGUGGCUAUCCAUUUGAUCUUCGUAUAGUGGGUGAUACUUUUGAAUGGUGUCAUCGAUGUCCAUGGUCGGCUUUCUGCCGUGGGUGCAUUCUUCCUCAAACUGAGCAGCCAAUAACAAAGCAUAUAACUGCUUUAGCCAUUGAUUGGAAACCUGCUGCCUUGUAUCUUCGUUAUCAGCAUUCAGUAGAAUUUUUAUGUCGGGACGAUGAUUCUGUAUUAAGUGCUUGGCAGCUGCAUUAUCAACCGUGUUCUCUAACUUCUUGUCUGGGCGAUUUCACGAAUGCUGAACUUCUGGAUGAAGAGAUAUUUUGCAAAAAAUGUAACAGAAAAACUCCUACCAUAAAAAAUUUAGCCAUAUGGAGGCUGCCAAAAAUAUUAAUAAUUCAUUUUAAAAGAUUCGUUUAUAUGGAAUCAAGUAAAACAUGGAUAAAGUCUAGCAAAGUCGUUGAUUUUCCCAUUCAGCAUUUGGAUUUAAAAGAAUGGUCAUCCAAUAUCGAAAGUUCGCGCAGUACUAAUCAUUAUGGCGCUAUGGCUUCUGGCCAUUACAUUGCUUAUGCUAAAAAUCAGGAGCAAUGGUUCUGUUUUAAUGAUAGUACAUGUCAGUUAUUUUUCAUAUAUUUUAUACCUUGA